AUGUGGCGCGAUAUAUUUUUAUAUUUAACACUCAUUGUUUUAUUUUUCUUUAUUUUCUUGGCACAAUUAAUUGUCAAUGUUUAUGCCUUUCAACGCCAGCCACCCGUGCCGAAACCCAAUUCAGAUCGUAAUGAAAUAAUAUUCGUUUAA